AUGAAAGGCGUGAAGCAAGAUGUUAUUGCUUUAACCGCUAAUGAAAUGUUUCCUGACUCUGUUCAGUGUUUCUAUGAUGAAGAUAAAGGUUUAAUGGUUCCGCAAGGAAAAUUUGACAAAGACUCUGAGUUCAGUGUUAUGAAGUUAUAUAAAGCACUUUAUGACGGUCAAGAGAUUGCAUUCGACUUAUGUAAGUCUGCUACACCUGCAUUUGAAGAGAAGUUUAACUUUUCUAUUCAGACUAAGACUUCAUUCAUAAGAAAGCUUAAGUUCUGA